AUGUUGAUGAGCUGCAACGCGGAUGAUGACACCUUGCUGGACUAUGAGGCGAUUUAUGCAUGCACAUUGAAGGGUGCCUGGCCGCAAGUAGUGGCCGAUGGUUACUUGGUGCCUGUGCUGAUCCAAAUUGGCCGUGGUCUCAAGAUGCUUGCUCGGCACAAGAUGUCUGAUGCCCUGCUUGGUGCCACCCUGCUGGCGUUGGGCGGAUCGGCCAAUGACUUCAUGAUCGGCUUUAUGUCGGACGCCUGUGUCUUUGGCACUGGGGUCUUCAUCAACACUUUUGUGGCCUCCCUGGUGUUGCUCUUCGCAGGGUCAGAAGGCAUCCAAGUGAAUCCUUCAGUCCUCACUCGUGACAUCAGCUUCCGCUUUUUGGCAGUUGGUUUGAUGAUCCUCUUCGGAUCCUUUGGGUUUGUCUCCACGUACAUGGCGCUCAUCAUGAACUUGUUCUACGUCCUCUAUGUUUUCCUCAGCCUCCGCGAGUCCCGCCGAGCGCGCCGCGCUUCCGCGGACGCGGCCGUCGGACCCAGCGCGGUCACCGGCGCUCCGGCGCCGCGGCGGGGCUCGUCCUUCAGCGCGGGCUCAGGGCCUGGCAGCUUCGUGGGACGUGGCAGCCGGGUGGCGGCCGCGCGGCGAAGAGGGUGGUGGCAUGGAAAAUGCAGGUGUUUUACUGUAGGUUUAAUACAAGUGGAACAUAGUGGAAUUGAGUUUGUGCUCAAGAGUUGA